AUGCCGUUAGUCAUCGCCCUUCCUCAGCCCGCCCGCCCGCCCGCCAUGCCCUCGCUCGUGUCCCCCAAAGUGCGCUCUGCCGUCUCGUCCCGUCGGUCGGUCUCAGGCCGCUCCGUCCGCAGCAGAGCCUCGCAGUCCACCCGCACCUCUGCCACGCGCUCGACCGCCCCCUCGAGCGCCUCCGUCUCCCCUGCGCGCACGCCUGCCGCGAAACGCGACACUAACAUCACCAUCAGACAAAGUCGCUCCCACAAGGGCAUCGACAUCCGCGUCGACAACCACACCGGCACCUACGCCGACGACAGCUACUCGGACGAGAGCGAGCUGUCCGACGAGCGCUUCCACAGCGACGACGAAGAGGAGUACACCGACGACGACGACGAGGAGGAGACGAGCUGGGACCUGAUCGAGGACGAGAUCCAGCCCUCCGACUCGGCCUCGCGGCCCCAGCACGCCCGCCGCCACCCCUCGCACCGCGCCCCGCCCGCCCCGCCCGUGCCCGCGGCGCCCUCUGCGCCCGUCGCCGCCCGUCCGCGCACCUCGCGCCGCGCCUCGUCGCGCCACGCCGUUGCCGCCCCCGACCCGCACUCGGCCCAGCACAGCAGGAGCCGCAGUCGAGGGCCCGAGCCGACCGCGCACCGCCCCCGCCGCCGCCGCCACCCGUCCGCCCACCAGCAGCCCGACAGCCUGGGCGAGGAGGACACGGGCGACGACUACCCCGGCUACCCGCCGCCGCCGCACCACGGCGCGCCCCCGGGCCACCCCAGCGCGCAGUGGUCGCACGUCCAGCCCGCGCCCGGCUAUGCGCCCAGCACCAUGUCGCACUACGACCACCCCUUCUUCCACCCGCCCGCCGCCGCCUCGCCCGCGGGCCAGGUAGUCGGUCCCGGCUACUACGACCCGCACCGCCAGAACGGCUUCAGCCCGCAGCAGCCCAACCCGUUCGCGACGGGCCCCGACUACUUUGGCGGCCCCAACGCGCGCGCCGGCGGCAACCCCAACCGCCGCUCCAUGGGCGGCGCGCCGUCUGCCUCGUCCGACGCCAUGAUGCCCUAUGGUCACCAGCCGCCCAUGGGCGCUCACCCCGGCUACCCGCAAGGCUAUCCGUUCCCCUACCCAAUGCCGCCGAUGGGGUACCCGCCAUACCACCAGCACCACUCCCCUCCCCCAGAAGACCGACCACGUCGAUCUAAGCGAGGUACACCGCGACCGCAAUCUUCUCAUUAUGAUUAUUCUGACGACGAUCACCAUCAAGCUCCUGCACCGCCUCCCCCUCCGCCCCCCAUGCCCGUCGCUGUUAUUCCUCCACCACCUCCCCCUCCGCCGCCACCGCCGCCAGACAACGCCAAGGAGAACGCCAUGCUCGAGAAGCUGAACGCGCUGCUGCUGGGCAAGGAAGAGGAGGAGCGCAAGAAGGAGGCCGAGGCGCGCAAGAACGCCGAGCUGGCCAAAUUUGACCGCCUGGAGAGCCUGCUCAUCGCGCAGCAAGAGGCCCAGAUCGCCAAAGACAAGGCGAAGAAGCAGGCCGCCGAGGACGCGUCCAGGGCGGCGGCUGAUGCGAAGAAGCGCGGCGACGAGGACAAGCUCGCCAGCCUCGAGAAGCUGAUCCUGGCCCAGAAGGACGAGCAGCUCAAGCGCGAGGCCGCCGCCGACGCAGCCCGCAAGGCCGCGCAAGAUGCAGCAGACGCCGAAGCCAAAAAGGUCGCCGAGGAGAAGAAGGCGCAGGCCGAGGCCGCCGCGCUGCUGCUCGAUGCCGCCAAGAAGGCCCGCGAGGAGGCGGAGAAGAAGGCUGCCGCUGAAGCCGAGGAGACGAAGAAGGCGCACGAGAAGGCGCUCGCCGAGGCCAAGGCUGCGGCCGAAGAGCUGGAGAAGGCGAAGAAAGCCGCCGAAGACGAGGCGGCGAAGCUCAAGCCCUCGGAUGCGCCCAAGGCGCCCAUCAAGUUCAAGGACGCCGUGGGCAGGAAGUUCAGCUUCCCGUGGAACCUGUGCAAGACAUGGAAGGGCAUGGAAGAGCUCAUCAAACAAGCCUUCCUUCACGUCGACAUCAUCGGCCCGCACGUGCACCAGGGCCACUACGACCUCGUCGGCCCCGACGGCGAAAUCAUCCUCCCCCAGGUCUGGGAAACCAUGAUCCAGCCCGACUGGGCCAUCACCAUGCACAUGUGGCCCAUGCCCGAGCCCCCGCCCCCGAAAGAAGAGCCCCUCCCUCCCCCUCCCCCCCUCGACGCCCAGCAGUUCCUCGCCAUGCACCCCGCCGCCGGCAUGCGCCCCCAAAAACCAAAAAAGAGCUCCAAACACAAAGUCCCCAAGAUCCUCGCCGAUCCCCACGUCGUCAUGGUCCCGCCCCCGCCCCCCGGCAUGCAAGCCGGCCCAGGCCCCGUGCCCCCGCCCCCGCCCCCGCAUCCCGCGCUCGGCGGUAUGCCCGGCAUCCAGGUCCUCCCCGUCGGCGGCGGCGGCGGUAGUAGUAGCGGCAAGAAGAAGAAACCCGCGCCCGGCGGCUUUUUCGCUUGGGCGGCGGGCGGGAAUGGCAGGGCGGGUGCGGUUAAGAAGAAGAAGGCGUGA